UCUUGCAGCUGUUCACACAGCAGCCUUUGGUGAGAUAUUGUGCCACAUUUAAUACUUUCUGACUAUAUAUCAAGAUUUCCUUGUUCCGUAUGAAAACACAGCUCGUUAUUUUGUGUUUAAAGCUGCCUUACUCCACUAUAAAGAAUUUCAAAUAUCUUUCCAAUAAAAUUAUAGAUAAAGUCAAGAAAAUGCUUCAUGAUUCUACUGGUACAGGGGACUCAGGAGCAGAAGAUCCAGAAUCCAUUGAAAUACCGAAUUCUGAGGGUGCAAGAAAGUCGAAGUUGGGGAUUCUUGGAGAAACUAUACGCUUUCCUCUCGAUGAUUUACAAACUACCUGGGAUGCAAUUAUAAAAGGACACAAACUCUCAGGAAAUGGUCGAUGCUUCGGUUGGAGGAAUUUCAAAUCCAGUUAUGAAUGGAUUUCUUAUGGAGAAUUCAUAAAAAAAGCAGAAAUAUUUGGCUCAGGUCUUGUAAAGAUUGGAUUAAAUCCUAGCCCAUCAUCGUUUGUUGGAAUUUAUGCUCAAAAUGGAUUGGAAUGGGUUGUUGCUCAAUUCGGAGUUUGGAGAAAUUCUUCUGCAGUUGUUCCUUUAUAUGACACACUUGGACCAGAUGCAUCUACUCACAUAAUAAAACAAGCUGAAAUCAAGAUAGUCAUCUGUGAUAACGAGGAUAAAGUAAGAAAUCUUAUUAAGAGAAGAAAAGAAACACCCUCUUUGAAACAUAUUAUAACAACAACUACUGUAGACCAAGAGGUCAGAGAACUCGCUCUCGAAAAAGAUAUUUGUCUUCACACCUUCAAUGAAAUCGAGAAUUUGGGUCAAGACUGUUCUACAACAGCAUCGCUUCCGCAGAGCUCUGAUGUUGCUCUGAUAUGUUUCACGAGCGGAACUACAGGUGUGCCGAAAGGAGUCGUACUGACGCAUGAAAAUCUCAUUUCACUGUGUUAUUCUUUUAACUUAGCAUUAGGAAAAUCUGCUAUAACGAAAGAAGACAGUGUUUUAUCUUACUUACCUCUUGCUCAUAUAUUUGGCCAAUUUAUUCAUGUUGUUUUUCUUAUGGUCGGUGCACGCAUUGGUUUCUUUAAUGGAGAUUGCAGGCAGUUGUUAGAUGAUAUAAGGAUUUUACAACCAACAGUUUUACCGGCCGUUCCAAGAUUAUUGAACAAGUGGUAUGACGAGGCCCAGUGGUUGAUUCAAAGCAAUUUAAAAACAGUUAUGCAAGAUGAAAAUUUUUUAUUGGAAACCGAAAAAAGAUUGGCUUGCAAAUCUUUUCUUGAUAACCUCGGAGAGAACCUUCGCCUCGUUAUAACCGGUGCAGCUCCAAUUUAUAGCAACGUUGUUGAAUUCUACACAAAAUUUGUAGGCUGCAAGGUUUUAGAAAUAUACGGGCAAACCGAAUGUGCUGGUCCAUGCUGUGGAAUUUUGCUAGAUUCCUCUUACGAUGGUUGUGCAGGUGCGCCGCUUCCAUGUUGCAUCAUUAAACUUGUAGAUGUUCCAGAUAUGGGCUAUUUUUCAAAGAAUUCAAAAGGCGAGGUAUGUAUCAAAGGUAAAUGCGUAUUUAAAGAGUACCUGAAAGAUCCAGAGAAAACUGCAGAAACCUUGGAUAAAGAUGGAUGGCUACACUCGGGAGACAUUGGAAUGUGGUUACCAAAUGGUACACUGAAAAUAAUAGACAGGAAAAAGAAUAUUUUGAAGCUUGCACAAGGUUUAUAUGUUGCUCCCGAAAAGAUCGAAACUAUUUAUGCUCUUAGCCAAUUCGUCUCGCAGGUUUAUGUGUAUGGAGAGAGUCUAAAGAACUUCUUGGUUGCCAUUGUGAUCCCUGAUAAAGACACUGUAAUGUCGUGGUGCAAGGAAAAUUUAAAAUGCAAUUUAUGGAAUGAAAUUUGCAACCAUCCUGCAGUUAAAAAACUUAUUUUUGAAGACAUGCUGAGAAGAGGAAAAGAACUUGGACUUAAUUCAAUUGAACAGGUUAAAGCCAUACAUUGCCAUCCUGAGGUUUUGACAUUCGAAGCUGGUUUUCUUACUCCAACAUUGAAAAUGAAGAGAGAUUUUUGCAAAAAGUACUUUGCAAAAGAGAUUGAAAUUUUGUAUAGCAGUUAUAAUGAAUGCGUUUAAAAUCUACUGUAUAAAAGAAUUUUGUGUAUCAUUUAAUAGUUUUUGUAAUUUUUAUAAAAAAUAAAAUAUCAUUUCUUUCUUUGAAAAUUUAACAAA